AUGGAUGUUUUCGAUUGGCGUAAAAGGCUACUCGGACUCCCUUAUCCAGACGCAGAAAAGUCUGUCGGUAUGUUCUAUCGUAAAAUGGGUCUUGAAAAUUGUUGGGAGGUUGUAGGACCAGCCAGAGCCGAAUUUGAGCAGAUUGCAAAGGAAAUCAAAGAUUUUCUCGAAAAGAACUUCGAACCAACCUCUAUUCCUGUUCUCUGGACUAUGUUUAUGAUAGGUCGAUCAGUGACCACAGCAAGGCCGACCAUAUUGUUCUGUUCGAAGGAAGCUAACUGUCGGAAAGCGGUACGAAAGGUCAUCGAAAAGAGUGGAAUAUUGAAGAAGUUCCCCUCUGUCAGAGUUGGAGAUGCCGAUCGGCCACCAGACUUUGAUUGCCUCGUCCCCCUAGCUUUGUGUGAGAAAUGUGAUUUGGUGCCAAACUCGCAAAGCAUCACGCCAAUUCCAAGCAUCACAUCGUAUCAACUGCCUACACUGCAUCCGUCAAAUCGGACCUUUCGUAUCCUCGAAAUACUCCCUGAAAAAAAAGGAACGACGAUUCAAUGCCUUUUACGGACCACUUUGAUCGGUGAACCACGUCAAUAUAUUGUGAUAUCAGGAAAAUUUGCGAAUCAUAGUAACUUCAACACAUCUUUAAUCAUAAAUGGUGAAGUGUGCGAGGUCCCUAUAAAUGUCGGUUAUAUCCUGGAGCUUUUCUGGUCCAAAGCUUCUGUGUUGAGCAUCUGGAUUGACCAACUCUGCGUCGACCACCACAAUAUUGAAGAACGACAAGACCAACUUGAACUUUUGCCACAAAUCAAGAAUCAUGCGACCAAUAUCUUGUUGCCGUCGGAAAUACAUCAAGAUCGUGGGCCAGAUGCAUUGGUGUAUCGAGAAAAGGCCAAUUUGUCCAAUUGGAUAUUCACUUGUAGAUAUGAUCAAGAUUGCUUCACCUUAUGGAAAGCAACAACAGGAGGGAUUCUCUAUUUGGACAAUAAAUCAUAUCUAACAACAGUCUCACAUGGUUUUACAAACGAUUUUGAGACAGUGCGAGAUGUUCCCGUGAGUACAGUCCAGUCAGCAACUAGUAUGAAGCUUGCGACAGACAACAAACAUCCUGAGUUUGAGUACAAUAUACAAGAAUGGUCAGCCUCAGACCUUGAUGAAGGACAAUCGAUAAAUCUGACAAGUGGAAUGCGUCUGAAUCCGGAGUCCUUGAAUUUCGAUCUUAAUGAUGAGCAAUCGAUGGACAUACUAGGUAUUCCAAGCUUGAGCACUUCAUAUACUCCACCAUUCGCUCGCUUCGAUUUACCAAAAAGGCCCAUUAAAUUCGGAAGCUCUAUAGCGGAAGAAGGUUCAGCCAUCAAUUCUGGAAGCUAUGCAGGAGAAAAGGGCUCAGCCACCAAUUCUGAAAACUAUGCAGGAGAAAAGGGCUCAGCCAUAAAUUCUGGAAGCUAUGCAGGAGAAAAGGGCUCAGCCAUGAAUUCUGGAAGCUAUGCAGGAGAAAAGGGCUCAGCCACCAAUUCUGAAAACUAUAAAGUAGAGGAAGGUUUACCCACUGAGUUUUCGGGCGCCACAUUCUAUCGAGAUCCACUAUCAUUAUUCCCAGCCUUACCUUCGUACAAGAUCACCCAGCAUGGAAUGGCUAAGAAUAGUUCUAUCAAUAAGUUGGUCGCUGGUGUAGCUUCAGAUAACCCAACCAAGCUCGACCCACACCCUCAGAUUGAGAUGGACAGAAGAUUGCGAUACCUAGAACUUCACGGACUUAACGGAAUACAUCAAGAUUUACCGGAUAGUCAAGAUCCCGGCCAAAUCCAACUUGCUCCGAUAGGUAGGGUCGUGAAAUCAGAAACCGCUGACCAUGGUCUUGACUAUGUCUUGAUUGAGCUCGACAAUUUAGCCUCCCAUUCUGUCAGCCCAACAAGUUCCCGCAAAGGCUUCGAAGACAUGGCACUCCGCUCUGGAAAGGUAUCAACAGCACCUACAGACACUAUGAUUUACGCGGUGACUGGUUCAUCUGGGGUUAUCACAGGUCAUCUCUCAGGAACUCCCAUCUUCAUGCAAUUGCCUGGGAUCAAAGCUUCACAAGAACUCUGGAAGGUUUCACUUCCUCUCGGGCUACAACCAGGAGACAGCGGCUCGAUAGUUGUUGACGCCGAUAAUGGGAAUAUCUUGGGGCAUAUUGUAUCUGGCAGUCCACAACAAGGUGCCGCAUAUGUAAUUCCGAUUUAUCAAAUACUGAAUGACAUCAGAGAGCGGUCGAAUAUCAAUCCUACUUUCGCAUUACUGAAUCCUGAGCAGACUACCCUAUGGGAUGAAGGCGAAUUGUACUCAUAUGACCGCUAUUUGGGAUACACACAUACAACUGUUGAAUCAAGUGAUAAGGAGCACGAAAACACAUAA